UUGCGGUGAAAUUGGGCUGGUGCGGAGAGUUCUAUACCGGGUUGGUGUUAUGCGAAAAAUUACAAACAAGGCGACAAGAACUUGCUAUCACGUUUAACUAAGAUGUCCCCCAGAGGUUGCAAAACAUUCGCAAAUUGUAUAAAAUCGUCAAACCGUUACGUCACACGAGCUAGGUCAACAUUGACAGUCAGUGUACUAAGAUGGACGUCGCCAGAACAAACACUCGCCCUUACUUCGCCAGCGGUUAGAUGUUAUUCAGCAGAUCGUCAUACUAACGAACAUCAACAAACUAAUAACAGUUAUUUCUCGUCUGACAGUCGCCAAUUUACAGCGGAAAGAAAUUAUUCGACUGCGUUUGAAAUUUCCCCCGCGAUAUGUGAUCAUGUUUAUCAAAGACCCGUAAAGAAACAGGAAUGCUUUGUAAAACCGUAUAGCGAUAUUCCUGGACCUAAAGAACUUCCAAUAAUCGGUAAUGCCUGGAGAUUCGCACCUUUAAUUGGCCAAUACAGGAUUCAAGAAUUGGACAAGGUGAUGUGGUCUCUUUACAAUGAUUAUGGUCGCAUAGUUAAAGUUGGUGGUUUGGUAGGACAUCCUGAUCUUCUGUUUGUAUUUAACGGAGAAGAUAUUCGAAACAUCUUUCGCAGGGAAGAGGGUAUGCCGCAUAGGCCAUCGAUGCCAUCCUUGCAUUACUAUAAACAAGUAAUGAAAAAAGAAUUUUUUGACGGAAACGAAGGAGUAAUUGGGGUGCAUGGUCCAAAAUGGGAGGUGUUUCGAAAACAGGUCCAACAAGUUCUGCUGCCGCCAGCUACCGCGCGGAAAUAUGUUGAACCCCUGGAUAUCAUUGCCGGAGAUUUCCUUAAGAACAUGGAAAAUUCGUUGGACCACAAUCACGAGCUUCCUGGCAAUUUUUUAUACGAAAUUUAUAAGUGGGCACUCGAAUCGGUAGCUCGAGUAUCGCUAAACACGCGGUUGGGAUGUUUAUCUCCAAACUUGCCUUCUAAUUCAGAAUCGCAGCGCAUCAUCGAUUCCAUCAAUACGUUCUUCUGGAACGUUGCUGAGGUGGAAUUAAAAUUUCCGAUUUGGAGAAUAUACAAAAACAAAGCAUUCCGAAAUUACAUAGCAGCGUUGGAAGAUUUCAGAACCACGUGCCUAAAAUAUAUCAAUCAAACGGUGGAAAGUAUGGCGUACAAAGACUUCGAGCAACUUAAAGAACAAGAUAUUUCGAUUGUGGAAAGGAUUUUAAAGGAAACAAAAAAUCCAAAGUUGGCAGCGGUGCUUGCUUUGGACUUGCUGCUAGUAGGUGUAGACACGACAUCAAUUGCUGCAGCAUCAACGCUUUAUCAGCUCUCUCAAAAUGAAGACAAGCAACAGAGAUUAUUUGAUGAAUUGAAACAAGUGCUACCAACACCAAGUUCAAAAGUUGAUGCCACCGCUCAAGAUAAUAUGCCUUAUCUCAAGGCGUGCAUAAAAGAAACGCUGAGGAUGUAUCCGGUCAUUAUCGGAAAUGGUAGAAGCCUUCAGUCGGAUACUAUAUUGGCGGGCUAUCAUGUGCCCAAAGGGACGCACAUAAUUUUUCCCCACUUAGUCGUUAGUAAUAUAGAAGAAUAUUUUUCUGAUCCUGAAAAAUAUAUUCCCGAGAGGUGGCUCAAAGGGGAAACAGCUAAGGCCCAUGCCUCCGAAAAGUGUGCCAUAUACCGUCAGCAAAAAAUUCAUCCUUUCGUCUCUUUGCCGUUCGGAUACGGAAGAAGGUCGUGUCUGGGGAGAAGAUUUGCGGAAACAGAAUUAAAUAUUUUGUUGGCUAAGAUAUUUAGAAAAUACAAGGUGGAAUAUCAUUAUGGACCUCUUACUUACAAAAUCACUCCCACUUAUGUUCCGGAGCAACCUCUUAAAUUCAAAUUAACGGAAAGAAACGAGUAGUGUAGCUUUUUUUGUAUUUUUAUAUUUUGUAUUAUUCGAGUUACCAAUUAAGAUUAAGUAAUUAAGAUAUAAUUAAAUUGUUGAAUUUAACACUACAUUUUGUUAAUAAUUUGG